AACAUUCAAAAUUUGUCACGAUGGACAAAUAACAACCCCGUCUUGAUUAUUGAGCCUGGUGUUGAUAAGACAGCUAUUUGGAAGGGUUUGUUGCAGCCAAAAGUAAAAAAAUUUACAAACUCAUCGAACUUGAUAUGGGUGCCCUGA